UGUGGUCGCUUGGACCCGCCCCUCCAGCUGUGGUGCCUGGUCCCUGCUGCUUAUUAUAGGGGAGCAGAAUUUGGCACAACACCUGCAGUGAUGGACCCACUGGACGGGUUCGGUUCUCCGGGAAGGGAAGCCGCUGCGGCGGACAGCAGGUCCGCCUGGAGCCGCUUCUCCUCCUGGCUGGAGUGCGUGUGUGUGGUUACCUUCGAUCUGGAGCUGGGACAAGCCAUCGAGCUUGUUUAUCCUCAGGAUGUGAAACUUACAGAGAAAGAGAAAACCAGCAUCUGUUACCUGUCCUUCCCAGACUCCUACUCAGGAUGCUUAGGGGACACUCAGUUCACCUUCAGGUUACGGCAAUCAGUUGGCCGCCAAGGGUUCAAAGAUGACGUCUACAACAGAGACGCCCCCGUUACGCUGCAGAGGGAAACGGCACAUUUCUUCGGAUAUGUCUACUUCCGCCAGGUGAAGGAUGUCUCCAUUAAGAGAGGGUAUUUCCAGAAGUCCUUAGUGUUGGUGUCUAGGCUGCCGUUCACGCACCUUUUCCACUCCAUGCUGCAGAUUAUUGCACCAGAGUUCUUUGAAAAGCUGGAACCGUUCCUGGAAGCAGUGUGCAAUGAGAUUGACCAGUGGCCCCCUCCCUCACCUGGACAGACUCCCAACCUGCCCAUCGUGGGCACGGUCUUACAGAUAAGAAUUCCUUCAAAAAGUGACAAACCAGGAGGAAGUCCGGUCAGGCAGAUGACUAAGGAGAACCUCCUGCCAGCUCCAACGCUGCUGCCAACCCUCCACGAACUGGACCUCUUUAGGUGUUUCCAGUUGGUUCUGAUUCACCUGCAGAUGCUGUGGGAGCUGGCGCUGCUGGGGGAGCCACUGGUCAUCAUGGCACCGUCUCCGACGGUCUGCUCCGAGACCGUACUGGCUCUGAUCAGCGCUAUAAGCCCUCUGAAGUUCUGCUGUGACUUUCGACCGUAUUUCACCAUCCAUGACUGCGAGUUCAGAGAGUACACCACCAGGACACAGGCUCCUCCAAACGUGGUUCUGGGGGUCACCAACCCGUUCUUCAUCAAGGCUUUUCAGAACUGGCCUCACAUCGUCCGGUUGGGCGAAAUUAAGAUGGCAGGCGACCUUCCCAAGCAGGUGAAGGUCAAGAAGCUGUCCAAACUAAAAACCCUCGACACCAAACCAGGGAUCUACACGGCGUAUACACCGUUUCUACACAAAGACAAAAUUCUUAUUAAGAGGCUGCUGAAGGGAAUCCAGAGGAAGAGACCAUCAGAGGCUCAGAGCGCCAUCCUGAGGAGACACCUGCUGGAACUCACACAGAGCUUCAUCAUUCCUCUGGAGCGUUACAUGGUGAGCCUGAUGCCUCUGCAGAGAUCCGUCACGCCCUGGAAGACUCCUCCGCAGGUCCGUCCCUUCAGUCAGGAGGAGUUCCUUUCCACGCUGGAUCACACCGGCCCUCAGCUCACCUCCAUGCUGCGCGGUGACUGGAUGGGCCUGUACAGGAAGUUUUUUAGGUCCCCCAACUUUGACGGUUGGUACCGUCAACGCCACAGAGAGAUGACGCAGAAGCUAGAGAGCCUCCACCUGGAGACCAUCUGUGAAGCAGACCUGCUGGGUUGGACCAAAGACAAGUCCGAGGUGGAGAUCGUGGACUUGAUCCUGAAGCUCAGAGAAAAACUGGUCAGAGCUCGCCGGCAGCAUCUACAAGUUAAAGAUGGAGUUUUAGACAAACUGGAGGCUUUCUUAAGCUCCAUAGUGGAGUCACUGCCUGAAGACCUGCAGUCCGUCCUGAACGCACGCUGAGACCAUCAAACACCGACCCGUUAAUAAAACUUUCUACUACA